AGUCCCACACUUCGCCCUCUCUUCUCCUCGAAAAAGCGCUCUAAAUGUAAUAACAACUCUCCAUGCGCUUCUCUGACGCUUCUGUUAUUUUUACGCGCAUCUGCGGUCUGCUAUCAGCAGAUAUUAUCGGCAGGCUGAUGGUGUUAGUCCGCCGGUGGUUGAACACAGCAAACUGUGAGAAGGAGGAGAAAGACAAGCAAGAGGAAAAACUCUGGCAGCGCCGUUUUGGAGUUGGAGUUGCAGCGUAAAGAGAAAAAAAAAAAAAGUCCCAGGCAACUAACUCCAGAGGCACAUCUGCAACUUAGGAAGAGAAGAAGAGGAAGAAGAAGAAGAAGGAAGAAGAAGACACAUAUUUUUCUUUCCUGAGACGAUUUGAAAGUCAAGAAUUAGGUGGAAUCACCCAGAAAGAAUUGUCCCAUCUCCAUGAGGUGUUGAGGAAUGAACAGUCACCAUGGAAACCCAGUCCCAGGCCAGUUCAGCAGCUGAGAAGAAGAAGAGGGUGGAGACCAUUGUGGCGACCAAGGGAUCAUCGGCGCGCAAUGACAUCAGUGAGAAGGCAGUGGCCUCCAGCACCACCUCAAAUGAAGAUGAGAGUUCAGGCACACCUUACCACCGCGAGAGGCGUAAUGCUAUCAGCUCCCAGGCCCCGACACCUGGCGCCCAUGACAGGAGCGUGACUGAGGAGCCCUCCACUUCUACAGAAGAGCGCCCCUCACAGCUCAAGAAAGAGCUCCAUGGUUCCCUUCCCCACCUAGCUGACCAUGCCCUACCAUACCGAGGCACUUUGUUUGCCAUGGAUCCCCGAAAUGGCUACCUGGACUCCCACUAUUCUGCGCCACAGUUCUUCCCAACCUUCCACCCUCCUGUGCCAAUCGAUGACAGACAUACCCAGGGACGAUACAUCUACGAGCCUUCCCCUGUGCCCCCUCUUCACGUGCCUCCUGCGCUGGCGGGAAGUCCAGCUUUCUCUGAUAUUUCCCUCAUCCGGAUCUCACCCCAGCGGAACCCCUCCGUGGGGGCGGAGUCGCCCUUUCACCCUCCGCACCCCUACAUCAACCCAUACAUGGACUACAUCCGCUCACUUCACAGCAGCCCCUCCAUCUCUGUUUUGUCAGCCACCCGGGGCCUCAGCCCUGCAGAUGCCCCUCACACAGGACUGACCACAGCAGAGUACUACCACCAGAUGGCUCUGCUGGCAGGUCACCGUAGCCCUUACACAACUGACCUGCUCCCCUCUGUGGCAUCUUCAGCCGGAGCCAGCAGUGCCAGUGCCCUGCAUAUGGAGUACCUGCAGGCCAUGGACAGCUCUCGUUUCCCGAGCCCGAGGCUGCCAUCGAGGCCCAGCAGGAAACGUCCUCUUCCCAUCUCACCGCUGUCUGAACACAGCUUUGACCUGCAAACCAUGAUCCGCAACUCCCCCAACUCUCUGGUCACCAUGCUCAACAACUCUCGCUCCAGCUCCUCCACCAGCGGCUCUUACGGUCACCUCUCAGCCGGAGCCAUCAGCCCGGCGUUGAGCUUCGCCUAUCCACCGACCCCGGUGGCUUUGCAUGUGCACCAACAGCUGAUCGGUCGUCAACCGGGCAUCGUGGGCUCCGCCUUUGGCCACAGUCCGCCUCUCAUCCACCCGACGCCAGCUUUCGCCACCCAGAGGCCCGUCCCUGGCAUCCCCCCCUCUGGGCUCAGCGCCAGCGAGCGCUCAGCAGUCUCCAACGACUCUUCACAGACAAAACCAACAAGUGAAUCUGCUGUGAGCAGCACAGGAGACCCAAUGCACCACAAACGCUCCAAAAUGAAACCAGAGGAGGAGCUGCCGAGUCCAGGAGCAGUCAGUGUACAGGAUCAUCCUGAUGGCAUGACACUGGUGAAGGAAGAAGGAGACAAGGAUGAGAGCAAACAAGAGCCAGAGGUGGUUUAUGAGACCAACUGUCACUGGGAGAACUGUUGUCGAGAAUUCGACACGCAGGAGCAACUAGUACAACACAUUAACAAUGACCACAUCCACGGGGAGAAGAAGGAGUUUGUGUGUCGGUGGGAGGAAUGCUCUCGAGAACAGAAGCCCUUUAAGGCACAGUACAUGCUGGUGGUCCACAUGCGAAGGCAUACCGGGGAAAAACCACAUAAAUGCACAUUUGAAGGCUGUACCAAGGCCUACUCCCGUCUAGAAAAUCUCAAGACUCACCUGCGAUCCCACACGGGCGAGAAACCAUAUGUGUGUGAACAUGAAGGCUGCAACAAGGCCUUUUCCAACGCCUCAGACCGAGCCAAGCACCAGAAUCGCACACACUCAAAUGAGAAACCGUACGUGUGCAAAAUCCCCGGCUGCACCAAACGCUACACAGACCCCAGCUCCCUACGAAAGCACGUUAAAACGGUGCACGGGCCAGAGGCGCACGUCACCAAGAAACAGCGCGGAGAUUACCCUCGUCCUCCGCCACCCCGGGAGCCCGGAGGCAACGGCCAGGGUCGGUCACCAGGGCAGAUGCCCCUGGGCGGGUACACGGACCAAAGGGAGUACAACCACGCUACCUCAAAACAGGAUGAAUGUCUGCAGGUGAAGUCCAUCAAGACAGAGAAGCCCAUGACGUCUCAGCCAAGCCCUGGCGGUCAGUCUACAUGCAGCAGUGACCAGUCCCCCAUCAGCACCUAUCCCAGCGGUGGAGUCCAGCUUGCUGUGAGUGCUGGACGCUCACCAGGGGAGGGGCUGGAGGAGGACGAGGAGAAAGAGGAAAACGAAGAGGAGGCAGAGGAGGAGUGUGAGGGUGAGCGAGCCCCCAUCAUGGACUCCACGGUCUCCACAGCAACAGCGGCCAUGCUGACCCUGCAGGCGAGGCGAAGUGUUGGCCGCCCCCUGCGCUGGAUGGAGCACAUUAAGAUGGAACGGCUGAAGCAGGUGAACGGAGCGCUGCCCAGGCUGGGGCCCCUGUCCCCCACACCGCCCCCCAAAGCAUCCACGUUACCCAACAUCCUGGGGAAGGGAUCCUGUCUGGGCAGGCCAUGGGGGGUGUCUGCUCCCCAGCCACCUGAUCAUGCUGAGUUGGGCAGCACCGAGCUUACAGUGCUCAAUUUGCUCAGAGAUCGGCGUGACAGCAGUGGAAGCGCCACCAGCUCCGCCUACCUGAGCAGCAGCCGGCGCUCCUCAGGCAUCUCCCCGUGCUUUUCCAGCCGACGCUCCAGCCAAGCUUCCCAGAGUGAGGGUACGAUGGCGGCCGGCCACCACCGCCGCCUCCAUAACCUCAGCUCCACCGACUCUUACGACCCCAUCUCCACUGACGCCUCCCGAAGGUCCAGCGAGGCCAGCCAUUGUGGAGGUGGGGCAGGAACAGGAGGCGGAGGGACUUUAUCGGGUGGGGGAUAUGGAGGUGUAGGAGGAGUAGGCAUAGGAGGAGGGGGGUCACGAGGGGUGCUUAGUCUAACCCCGGCACAGCAUUACCACCUGAAAGCCAAGUACGCAGCAGCAACUGGGGGCCCACCUCCCACACCUCUACCCAACAUGGAGCGCAUUAGCUUGAAGACUCGCAUGGCCAUGAUGGAUGAGGGUGGUAGCAACAACUCAUUGCCGCCUUUAAUCAGGCCCCAUCGCUGCAGUGAUGGCACAAACGGGUACUCUAAUGGGUAUGUGGGACAUGUGGGUUAUAGAAGGAGGGUUCUGUAUCCUGGUGAAGGGCCAAUGAAUGGAAACCGGAGGGCCAGCGACCCAGUGCGGACGCAAGCUCCUGAUAUUUGUAGUCUGCCCCCAGUGCAACGCUUCAACAGCCUUAACAAUCUCCACCCUCUACCACCUCUGUCUCAUCAUUCUACACCUGAAACUCGCAAUUUUAGCCUUCAGAACUAUACACGCUCAGAGGGCAGCUUGCAGAGAGGCCUGCAGCAGUCGCCAUACACGCCCAGCAUCGCAGAACACGCAGCCUUAGAAGCUCUGGCCAUGGAGGACGGUGGGGAGGCGGGGCUUUUGUUAGGGGACGAGGACAUGCUACCAGAUGACCUGGUACAGUAUCUCCAUUCCCAGGUCCAGGCAGAUGACUCCUACAUGUACAUUGAGGACCAAAUAGCUUCUAGCCAAAGGGACACCUAUCCAACGAUAGAGGAGACUUCAGGGCUGAACGUGGCCUUCUCUGGGCCGCACAACCUUCAGCAGCAGCAGAUCGCUGAGAGGAAGACCCCCAGUAAACUUCCCAUCCAGUGGAACGAGGUGAGCUCUGGGAGUGCUGACAGGUCUCCUCAAAGGGUACAAAACCACCAUUGUGAAAGAUGGUCAGGUACAGAACACAAACCUGUACCUGUGCCAUUUGGUAGGUUUGGAAACAUGAUGGUUCAGCAACAAGUGUCCCUUGACUUUCAGAACACUUGUGUCCAGGCUAAUCAGUCUCAAAGUGCUUGCAGUGUCAAUCCUGGGGUAAAGCUAGAGACUUCCCCUCACUCCUGCAUGGAGAUGAGAGUAACUGGUCCCAAUCACACAAACACCUUUGGCAGGCCUCCGUUCUCUCAGAUUGUAGAUGGGCCUCUUCCCCAGAACUUCAAACAGCAGCCCUCAAAUGGACCUCAAAGACAGUUCCAACAGAACCACAAUAAUAGCUCCUCUUGUCAUGUUGGGAACAACUUAAUGCUAAGCAGGGCCUCCAUGGACAACCUCCCUGGCCUCUCCCAUGGCACUGGCCUUCAUCAAAAUAGGCAGACCCAUGCCCCUCGCCCCCCAGUCAACAGUUACAGGAACUCGGUCAGAACCCAGCACUAUCUCAAUCCUGAGAGCACUGAUGAAAUCCAGGGUAGCCUCAAUCAGCAGCCGCAGCUGCAGAGGAGUGGGAACCACUGUUCCCUUGCACAUCAGGUAUCUGGGCUGAAACUGGAGGCCCCAGACCAUGGAUACAUAGAGCAGGGCUUUAAUGACCACCUCUCCUUUGAUCAAGGAGACCCCAAGACCGCCUUGUUCCCUGUCCUGGAAGACCAGUGCUUGCUGGACUCCAUGGCUGAAUCAGUGGAACAAGGUGGUGGGAGCGGGGUCUCUGAUACCCUUCUGUCUCCUGGAGCAGAUCAGGUAACCAGCACAGUGAACGGCGCUGUGCCCGGGGUUUUGGACGAGGGGGUAAAUCUCGAUUUCAGUGCCAUGCUUGAGGACGGCUACGACCAGGGUAGCGUGGUCUCUGGGGUUUUGAGUCCUUCUAUCUUCCAGGGUCUUUCCAGGACGUCAUCACGUUUGACCACUCCUCGUGCAUCUGCAGCCUUUCAUAGCGUAGCCCCCGGCCUCAACAACAUGGCCAUUGGAGACAUGAGCUCUCUCCUCACCUCCCUCGCUGAAGAGAGCAAGUUUUUGGCUAUUAUGCAGUAGCUACCCUCUCUGCUUUCUCCUCCGUUAGCAUAAAAGUAAAACAGGAAGAGGAAAAAAACUCUGGUGUAUGUGAAGAUCUGGACAAAAGUGGCAAUUAUGAGAACUUUAUAAUGUACGUAACAUGUUCUGAAACAGGCAAUUGCCAAACCGAUUUAUUUUGUAAAAAAAAAUAUCAUCCCUACACAGAAAUGGGAUGUGUCAAAAUGAUGUAUAGAUAAAUAGUUAUAUUCCUUUUGUGGAAUGAAGGCUAGUUUUUGGAAGCCCUUCGCUUUGUAUUAUUACUAUGUGAUGUGGGCAAAUGCUCACUACUUUGAAACAGUAUUCUGUGUAUCGUCACUGUUUUUGCUGUACACACUGUUGGUAAAAAUGCAUGUAUUCAAGACUAAACAUGAACACUGUCUUUAAAAGUACAUAGACUAGCCCAUGUGCCAAGUAUCUAAGGUUCUGAUUCAUACAGGUACAAAACUGCGACUACAAAACUCCACUCUGGAUUCAGCAGGUCAGACCGGGGUCAUGGGUUCAACGGACCCUGAUGAUAUCUUUAUAUGUCAUAGGUUUAUUAAGUGGUAUAUUUACAUCGGUUGUCAUUUUGUUUGUGUGUUACUUUGGUGAAUCUGUUAAUGUUUCAGUGCUUCUGCAAAGUUUUACCAAGUGGUGUUUUUGUCGAAAGUAACUCCAGUUAAUGGUAUUGAGUCCAAAAAGUGGACAUCACAUCCACAUCUUUAAGGCACCAUAGAUAGUCAUCUACUUGAUGUCUAAAUGGCUUGAUUUAGUUAGUCUGGUACAGGUACUCACAAGUGUGUAUAUAACAGUGUUUUUAUAUUGUUUGUGCUUUUUCGAUGUUGGAUUGCACGAUCGUUUUGGAGUUGAUGUGGAGAUGGACAUUGUCUCCUGGAUGAUCAAGUCCCAUUUGGUGCUUUCUGUAUGCUAACAUAAAUAGAUAUGAGUACGUCAUGUUUUUAAUCUGUCUUAAUGACCAGUAAAGGUCCACAGCACAUGAACUUCCCUCAUGAUGAUGACAAAUGUAAAUUGAUGUUCUUUUUAAUAGGAAAUCAUUUGUAUUGUUUUCUCCAAAGCUCUUAAAUUCAGAAUGUGUACUGCCAUCGAGUAUUGCAGUGACUUUGUCAACAGUGUUAGUAUUGCCUUUCAGUCUUAUGUGACUGCACACAGAAUAUUAAGUAGUUUACCUUUUUUCAGCGUCAAAGCAAUGAGGUACAAAUUGUUUUGUUGCUUUUUGGUACUUUUGUCUUUUUUGUAGCUGUGCAUUGAUGGUGUUUUGCUUUCAAAGAAGUAGAAAUCAUUUCCUUUGAAAGAAGGAAAUUACAUCGAGGUUAUGUGCCUUAUCUGCCUGUCGGUAAAGAGAAAGAACACUGCCAAUCUUCCAUUGUGAAUUAUGAAAAAAAAAAACAUUAAAAAGUGAACUUGUAAAGUGUCUUGUAAGACCUGGAAAAGAUAAAAAUGUUAGAACAUUUAUAUGAGAAAAGUCUGAUUAUCAAGAAAAGUUAAGACUUGCGAAAUGCGUUCUACUUUUCUUUUGUCUUUUUUUUUUUUUUAAGUUUUCACAUGUAUUGUGCUUUUAUAUAUAUAAUGUGUAAAUACAUUACUCUUUCUGUAGAUUUAGGAGAUGAAAAGGGGAGGAUCCCAGAGCCAAUAAAGAACUGACUUUGAAAGCAGGGAUUCCCAGGCCCUGGGUAAAGGCCAGACAGAUCUGGCUCACAGCGGAGCGUCAAGUGCCCAGCACUGCCUCUCCGCCAGAAGAGCCACUUUGCUCUUUUAUAACUGACUACAAAUGUUUGUAUGGUUUUAAUAAAAAUGGAAAUUAUA